CUUCUCUUGAAAGUCUUUGCCUUUGUUUUUUUCAUUCCGGGUAAUUCUCCGCCAUUUUUGCCUCUUUUAAUCCCCACCUACAUUUCUCUCUCAUUUCAUUUCACACUACCACCGAUUUUUUUUCUUCCUUUUUGCACUUGGUUUUCUAUCAUUUUUUUUUCGAUCCACACCGAUCUCGAUCCUUCUAGGGUUAGGUAUUUUAGAAGGCUCUUUCUGUGUAACAUUAUCUGGUAAUCAUGGGUGUGGAGGUGGUAAAAUCUGAGGUGGCUCAUGUUUCUGUUGAAGAUGGAAGUGAGGAAAACACAGCCUUGUUGCAUGAGAAGGAAAUAGGGAAAAUGAGUCAGGGAGUGCUUAAUGAGCCCAUUAAAUUUGGCUCCCAUGGUAUGGAGGAACCAGUUAAAGGAGACGCAAAUAAUGUUCCUGAGGCCAACUUCCCGAAGGAUGCUGUUGAUGAAUGGCCAGCACCGAAGAGAAUCCAUUCUUUUUAUUUGGUCAAGUAUCGAUCAUAUGACGACCAGAAACUGAAAUCCAGAUUGGAUCAGGCUGACAAAGAGCUUCAGAAGAAGAAUCAAGCCCGAUAUCAGAUAACUGAAAAAUUGAGGGCAAAAAGGGCCGAUCGAGCACAGGUGAUUGCUCAAUUAAAGUCUCUAGGUGUUGAGAACAAGCAGUUUAGGAUGAUCAUGGAUGAGAAGCGAAAAGAAAUGGAACCUUUGCAGCAGGCUUUGGGCAAGUUGCGUGGUAAUAACAAUGUGGGCAGAGAGAGAGGUGUUAGUGUAUGUUCAUCUGAGGAAGAGCUUGAUGAUCUUAUUAAAAGCUGGCAAUACCGCAUUCAACACGAAAGCAUUCCCCUGAAUGAGGAGAAACAAAUCCUUAGAGAAAUUAAACAGCUUGAGGGGACUAGGGAAAAAGUCAUUGCUAAUGCUGCUAUGAGGGCAAAGAUCCAGGAUUCUUUGGGUGAAAAAGAAGCCAUUCAAGACCAGGUCAAACUUAUAGGUGUUGAUUUGGAUGGAGUUCGAAAAGAUCAUCAAGUAAUUAAAGCCAAGGUUAAGCAACUCGAAGAAGAGAAAGAGACCAUAGAGAAAGAGAUCAAUUCUUUAGAGGAGGAAUUGAAGAUUGUGACGCAAAAAAGGGACCAAACUUUUGAAAAUAUUCAGGAAUUGAGAAAGCAACGUGAAGAAGGGAAUACUAGCUUUUACCAAAACCGUUCGCUCUUGAUCAAGGCCAGAGAGCUUGCUGCAAAGAAGGAUAUUGAAGCCGUUAAUAACCUUUCUGAUACUGAGGUUGAGACAUUCAUGUCUCACUGGAACAGCAGUAAUGGGCAUAGGAAUGAUUACGAGAAAAGAAUUUUGCAAUCACUGGACAUGCGCCUAUUGAGUAGGGAUGGACGGAUGAGGAACCCAGAUGAGAAGCCACUAAUGUUACCAGAGGCACCAAGUUCCUCUGAAACUGAGACACUGGCAAAAACCAAAGCAAAACCACUAAAGGAAGAUUCCAUUUCCCCUCCGCAACACACUACUCCCCCCAUCCAAAAAGCCCAGAAAGAGAAAAACAGUAAACACCAGAAAGACGCAAAUAACAAACCAACAGAAAGUACUUUGAAGCAAAAUGACUCGGAAGACAAAGAGGGAGUCCCUGGUAUAGAAAAGCUGCAAAAGGAUCCUCCUUCCAAGAACAAUGAAAUUGAUGAGGCGAAGUUGAAGGAGAUGAAGAGAGAGGAAGAGAUGGCCAAGGCCAAGCAGGCCUUGGAAAGGAAGAAGAAGUUGGCAGAGAAAGCAGCCGCCAAAGCAGCUAUAAAGGCUCAGAAGGAAGCUGAGAAGAAGCUUAAGGAAAUUGAUCGUGAGAAGAGAGCAAAGAAGAAGGCUGGAGCUUCUGCACCUCCUGCUGAUUCGGAGGAACCAACUGAAGCAGCAGUAGAGGCUGCUGAACCAGAGAAAGCAGACGAAAACAUUGAGCCUCGAACUCCAGUUCCAUCAAAGAUCAAGGAUCGUAAGGACAAUACCGUCAGGUAUAGGGGUCGCACAAAAGGCCCAGAUUCACUUCCAAAGGUCAUAAUCAAGCGUAAAAAGGCAACAAACUAUUGGUUAUGGGCUGCUCCUGCUGCUGUGAUAGUCAUGAUCCUUCUUGCUAUCGGAUACAAGUAUCUUCUAUGA